AUGAAGCUCACUAACUCUAAUGACGUAUUAGUAUAUACAGUUUCAGGAGCAUCAACAGCACGACCUCUGCCUGAUUGGCUAGCUAGAAAACGGAAACGCAGUUUGAAAAAUGAUCCCGAGUAUAGCAAUCGGGUCGAACUACUUCAAGACUUCGAAUUUGAAGAAGCAAGCACCUGUAUUCGGGUAAGCGAAGAUGGCGAAUGGGUGAUGAGUACUGGAACGUAUAAACCUCAGAUUCAUACUCACUGUCUUCCCCAAUUAUCACUUUCCUUUGCACGUCAUACCACCUCUCUCAACCAAUCUUUUAUUCUACUCUCAUCAGACUAUUCCAAGUCCAUUCACUUGCAAACAAACCGAACGAUUGAGUUUCACACACCAGGAGGCUGUCAUUACCAGACCCGACUACCAAGAUACGGCCGCGAUCUUCAGUAUGCUCGGCAUUCAGCUGAAGCACUAGUUGCAGCUGUUGGCGUCAAUUCAGAAGGAAAUGGAGAAGUCUAUCGCCUCAACCUUGAAAUUGGAAGGUAUAUGAAGCCUUAUCAAAUAGAUGUUGGUGAAAACGACUGUACUGUGACCGGAGGGGACUCUUUACAAGGUGGUAUCAAUACUGGAAGUGUAAAUGCAAUUGCAGUUGCGGAGGAAAGCCAUAACCUAUUGGCGUUUGGCACAUCAAUUGGCUCAGUUGAGUUUUGGGACCCUAGAUCCAGAAACAAAGUUGGGACUCUAUCUCGGCAAGAUGGAGAGAUUACAGCUCUAAACUUCGACAGGUCAGGACUGUCCCUUUUAAGCGGUUCUUCCGAGGGGAUCACUCAAAUCUACGAUUUGCGAAGAUCAGUGCCUAUUCUUCACAAAGACCAAGGGUUUGGUUAUCCAAUAAAGACCUUGAUGCAUAUUACAACAGCAUCUGGUGAGAAAAAGGUCCUUUCGGCAGACAAACGUAUAAUUAAACUAUGGGACGAGCUAGAUGGCAAUCCCUGGACGUCAGUUGAGCCAGCAGUAGACAUCAAUUCCGUGGCCUGGUGUAAAAAUAGUGGUAUCAUUUUGACAGCGAACGAAGGUAAACAACAGCACGCAUUUUUUAUUCCUCAACUAGGCCCCGCUCCAAAAUGGUGUUCAUUUUUAGAUAACAUGGUUGAAGAGAUGGCCGAGGAAGCUCCUGCCGAAACAUAUGACAAUUACAAAUUCUUGACCGUAGCAGACCUGAAAAAACUCAAUCUCAACCAUCUUAUAGGCACUACGAAUUUACUCCGCCCAUAUAUGCAUGGAUACUUUGUCUCUUCAAGGCUCUACGAAGAGGCGCGGCUGAUCGCUAACCCUUACAUGUGGGAAGAGGAAAAAGCCAAGAAAAUUAAAGACAAGAUCGAAAAAGAAAGGGCUAGCCGAAUUAGAGGUAAGAAAGUUAAAGUCAAUCAAAAAUUGGUGGACAAAUUGUACAAGCGACAAGAAAGAAGAGAAAAGGUUGAUAAAGAAAUGGGAAUACUUGGUGACAACCGUUUUGGAAAACUCUUUGAGGACGAAGACUUUCUUGUUGAUGAGAAGAGUAGAGAGUUUCAAGCUCUUAAUCCUAGCACUAAAGUUUCCGACGAAAAUUACGCUAAAGCUCCCUUUGAGGAAGACACCGGCGAUGAUACUGACGAGUUUGUUGAGAAGACUACGGCUAAACCUGAACCUAUAAUGCGCAUAUCAUCUUCAUCUUACAAAAAAUCAGGACAUCAACGACUUGAUAAACCCAUAGGAUCCAGAAUUGAACGUAGUAGUCGUGUUAAUAAGCUCAAAGGAAAUAUUGUCGGGGAGCGUCAAGUAACAUUUGCUCCAACUUCAGGGAUAACCAAGAAAAAUGGUCGCAAUGACGAAGAGGCUAAGCCAAAAGGCAGACGUGAUGAUAGCAGGCGAAGUGCAUCCGGAAACACGUUCAGAAAACUUUAA